UGGUUGGGGUAGGAACUAAGUCUCAGAACCACUUGCUGUGUUUGUGAGUGAGUGCCAAGUUAAUCCCCAGCAGGAAGAGACAGGGACAGAGCCCACUGCUGGGCUCUUCCCACUGUUGAAAAUUCACCAGGCGCUCAGUGGAAAUUUUCUUCCUUUCUUCUGCCCUGAGUGUUUUCCCUAACAUGAAGGCAAUAAGUUUUUUCAUCUUGGUGGGAUUUGCAGGAGAGUUCCAAAUUUUUUCAAGUGCUUCCUCUCCAGUCAAUUGCCAGUGGGAUUCCUAUGCCCUGUGGUCAGAAUGCAGUGGUUGUACCAAGACUCAGACUCGCAGGCGGUCAAUAGCUGUUUACGGGCAGUAUGGUGGCCAUCCUUGUGUCGGAAAUGCAUUUGAAACACAAUCGUGUGAACCUACCCGGGGAUGUCCAACAGAAGAGGGAUGUGGAGAGCGUUUCAGGUGUUUUUCAGGCCAGUGCAUCAGCAAAUCUUUGGUUUGCAAUGGGGAUUCUGACUGUGAAGAGGAUAGCGCUGAUGAAGACAGAUGUGAGGACUUAGAAAGCAGACCUUCGUGUGACCUUGAUAAACCUCCUCCCAACAUAGAACUUACUGGAAAUGGUUACAACGAACUCACUGGCCAGUUUAGGAACAAAGUCAUUAAUACUAAAAGUUUUGGUGGUCAAUGCAGAAAGGUGUUUAGUGGGGAUGGAAGAGAUUUUUAUAGACUGAGUGGAAAUAUCCUCUCCUAUACAUUCCAGGUGAAGAUAAAUAAUGAUUUUAAUUAUGAAUUUUACAACAGUAGCUGGUCUUAUGUUAAACAUACUUCAGCAGAAUAUACAUCAUCUAGUAGGAAACGCUCCUUUUUUAGAUCUUCAGCAUCUUCUUCGUAUAGUCAUAUUUCACAUAGCAAUGAAAUCCAAAAGCAAAAGAGUCAUCAAUUGUUGGUUGUCCAGAACACUGUGGAAGUGGCUCAGUUUAUCAAUAACAAUCCAGAAUUUUUACAACUUGCUGAGCCCUUCUGGAAGGAACUCUCCUACCUUCCCUCUCUGUAUGACUACGGUGCCUACCGAAGAUUAAUCGACCAGUAUGGGACACAUUAUCUGCAGUCUGGGUCCUUAGGAGGAGAGUACACAAUUCUAUUUUACGUGGACCCAGAAAAAAUCAAAGAAAGCGGUCUUAGUUCAACAGAUAUAAAGACAUGUACUUCAUCAAGUUUCAAAUUUUUGUAUUCGUCAUCAGAGGGCAAAUGCAAGGAGCUGGAAGAUGCCUUAAAAUCAGAUUCAGGAACUCAAAGCAAUGUUCUGCGAGGGAACCCAUUUGUCAGGGGGGGCAGUUCGGGCUUCGUGUCUGGCCUCAGUUUCCUGGAGCUGGACAAUCCUGCUGGAAACAAAGAGCGAUAUGCUUCGUGGGCGGAAUCUGUGACUGGUCUUCCCCAAGUCAUAAAACAAAAGCUGACCCCUCUGUAUGAGCUGGUAAAGGAAGUACCCUGUGCCUCUGUGAAAAGACUAUACCUGAAGCGGGCUCUUGAGGAAUAUCUGGAUGAAUUUGACCCCUGCCAUUGCCAACCUUGUCAAAAUGGUGGCAUUGCCACCGUCGAGGGGACCCAGUGUCAGUGCCAUUGCAAACCAUACACAUUUGGUGUGGCUUGUGAGCAAGGAGUCCUCGUGGGAAAUGAAGCAGGAGGGGUUGAUGGAGGUUGGAGUUGCUGGUCCUCUUGGGGCCCCUGCAUUCAAGGGAAGAAAUCAAGGAGCCGAGAAUGCAAUAAUCCACCUCCCAGUGGAGGCGGGCAGUCUUGUAUUGGAGAGCCAACAGAAAGCAGGCAAUGCGAGGAGGAGGAACUCCAGCAUUUGCGAUUGCUUGAACCACAUUGUUUUCCUUUGUCUUUGGUUCCAAAAGAAUUCUGUCCAUCACCUCCUGCCUUGAAAGAUGGAUUUGUUCAAGAUGAAGGUGCCAUGUUUCCUGUUGGGAAAAACAUAGUAUAUACUUGCAAUGAAGGUUACUCUCUAAUUGGAGACCCUGUAGCCAGAUGUGGAGAAGAUUUACAGUGGCUUGUUGGGGAAAUGCAUUGUCAGAAAAUUGCCUGUGUUCUACCUGCCUUGAUGGAUGGCAUACAGAGUCAUCCCCACAAACCUUUCUAUGCAAUUGGUGAGAAAGUGACCAUUUCCUGUUCGGGUGACAUGUCCUUAAAAGGUCCUUCGACAUUUCUCUGUGGAUCCAGCCUUAAGUGGAGUCCUGAUAUGAAGAAUGUUCAGUGUGUGCAGAAAGAAACCACUUUAACCCUGGCAGUGCCUGAAUGUCAGCCCUGGGAGAAACUGAAGAAUUCAAGAUGUGUUUGUAAAAUGCCUUAUGAAUGUGGAUCCUCCUUGGAUGUAUGUGCGCAAGAUGAGAGAAGCAAAAGGAUACUGCCUCUGACAGUUUGCAAGCUGCACGUUCUCCACUGUCAGGGUAGAAAUUACACUCUUGCUGAUAGGGAGAGCUGCACUCUGCCUGUCGCAGCCCAGAAAGCCUGUGGUGCCUGUCCGCUCUGGGGAAAAUGCGAUGCCCAGAGCAGCAAAUGUGUCUGCAGAGAAGCAUCGGAGUGCGAGGAAGGCGGCCUUAGCGUCUGCGUGGAAGUGAACGGUGUGGAGCAGACGAUGACCGAGUGUGCGGCCGGCGCACUCAGGUGCCAAGGGCAGGGCGUCAGGGUCACCAGCACGCGGCCCUGCGGAGCGGGGACCCCGUAGGCUCCCGUGGCCCUUGGCUGGUUCCGAAUCCCGCAGCUGCCGUGGCUGAGGUAAAACGUACAUACGGUCACUUCUCCCAACUGCCAGCCACCAGUAGAAGCACCGACCUGGCGUUCUGCCAAACCUGAACCGAGAUGCUCCUGUUCUUCCUAUUUAAAAUGCCAGUCAGGAUGAACAGUACGCACGAACCUUUGCGUGAGCUGUGUGUUCCUGGACAAAUUGCUGACACGCCUGGACCUUGACUUGUUAAUCUGAAAAUGAGAGGAUUAGACCGGAGAGCCUGGAAUACUCCCUUCAGCCCUAUGAUUCUUUUAAGUAUGAUGGACUCCACCCAUGGGCCCGAAACACUGUACAAAAGGAUUAGGAAAACGGUAAGAUUAGAGAGGUUGGCUUCUCUCAGUGAAGCUGAAUGCAAACGGGACCUUAAAUGGAAAAAGACAGAUACAAAUAUCCAUCCCAAGGAGUAAUCUCUCGCCUGGCCCUGUGGACUCCAGUACCACAUGUAAGGAUCCUUAAAUCUUACUGGGAAAUGGAACCGCUGAAAUUUCAGAACCGAGUUUAUUGUGGUACCUUCUGCCUUCUUGUCGAACAACAAACACAAUCCCGUCUUCUCUUUGGGGCUUUUCUUUAGUGUGUGUCAAACACGAGGACUGUAAUUUGCCCACUUUCUCCCCUUUUCUUCUGUAGGAAACAUCAGUUCAUGCCUGGGCUGUUGAGUGAUCAUAUAUUUGACAGAAUAGUUUUCUCUAAUGUGAAUACAUGCUUGGAUUUUUCAGAGGGCCAUACAGGUACAUCAGUGUGAGACAUUGGCCUUCUAUUUAUUCCUUAUUCAUCUUUCAUCAAAACAAAAAACUAGCUGUGGGAGAUGACAUGAGUGGGCUUAAAUGGAAUUUAAAAUAUGCUUUUAUAUACAAAUAAUAUCUGUGUACUUUUCUGAUACUGAUAAAGACAUUUCAGCAAAACCUUAGUUAAAAUGACAGUGAUUAAAAUCUCAUUAAAGAUACUAUCCUUUGGAAUUUUUUGAUCUGUAUCAUGUUUAAUUUUAAAGAAUCUUCCCAUGAAGAAUGGCUAAUGUGUUCUUUUUAAAUAUAUUUUUAUUCUUUAAACUA